AUGACCGGAAGAGGAUCGGAGAUCAUCUACCGAGCGGAGAAUGUCCCGAUUCGCUUCUUCAAGGCAUGUCGAUGGUGCAGGAGACAGAAGAUGCGAUGCGAUGCGCGAAGUCAAGUUCCUUGCUUUCGCUGUCGAUCUACUGGGCGAGAUUGUAUUCUAGAUCCCAUUGAUGACCGACGACGAAGUGACCGCCGGCGGAAAUCAACAACGCCAGCAAGAAGCCGAAAUAAUGCCUCACCACUGGGUUCAAUUACUGGAUAUCAUACUCCGGCGUCCAGAGAGCAGGGGUUCUCACCUGCCACCGUCCAAGAUGGUGGUUUCGAUACCUCAAUUGACUCUUUGCCAGAUUCUACCGGCUUGAGCACGCUGCAGCGGUCUUAUACUUCUGAUCAGAAUGGACCCGAGUCCCAGCAGCUGAGCCCCAAUGAGAUGAUUGCGCCAGCAUCGGCGGUGCACUCCAUGUCUGUGAACUUGCUAGGCACGAACGAUGUGAGUAACCUUUGCCAGUUAUCAGGAUGUUUUCGAAUUAACGUCGCCCAGAUAUUCAUGGAAAACUCUGCCAAGGGCGAUCCUAGAGGAGAUGUCAUUGCUAGAGGAAUCGUCAGUGAAGAGCUUGCGCGUGUGAUGUAUGAGAGGUUUACUGGUGGGUCGAAGAACUUUCUCCCUCUUUUCGAUCCAAUAAGAGAUACAUUCGACUCUAUCCGUUCAAGGUCACUGUUCUGCUUCACAGUAAUUAUUUAUCUAGCUAGCCGCGCAGUGACGGAUUUGCGCGGGGACACGCAUAUGCAGCGGGUGUUACAAGACGAGGCACAACGCCUGGCGGAAGACAGUUUCUUCGAGCGGCCCACCAAACUGGAGACUGUACAAGGAAUGAUUCUUCUUGCUGCGUACUCCGAGAAGACUUGGUUCUCCAUUGCUCUCAUUCUUCGCACGGCUUUGGACUCCGGUUUGGAGAAAUCCUUGGAUACUCUGUUAUCCCAGGAAAAUGUGCCCCGAAGCUCGCUCUCGGCUUCCAUGGCUGAACGGGAGCUGGUAUGGCAGACACGAACUUGGUUGAUCAGUUUCACAUUAGAACUGGACGUUGCAUCUGGCACAGGGCGCAAAUCACGCAUUGCCGAGGUCGACGUUGUAAAGCUGCGCAAAUUCCUUGACUAUCCUCUCUCGCUGCCUUGCGAUAUGCGCACUGUGUGCAUCAUUGAGCUUCAUCAACUUCGAGGAAAUUUCCGUGUAAUCAUUGACAACGCUACUACUAUUGACGAUAUCAUGUCUACCGAGCUGCCGGCUAUCAUGAAGAGAGUACAAAAUUGGUGGACGACAUGGGACGAGAUCCAUGGAAACAACGGUUUCCAUAUCGGGGCCUUCCAGCGCAGCAGUCUCAAGCUUAUGCUUCAUUACGCCAGGAUUUUUGUUCUCUGUGCUUCACUGGCGAGAAUCCAAAAAUUACAACCAACCCAACCUGAUUCAAGCUCUGAGAUUCUCGAUCGGAGCGUCAUGAACCUGUGGCAGUCCCUUGUGGCAACCAUUAUGGAUCAAUUAGACUUCUUGAUCAAAGAGCCAUCCUAUCGCUGUCAGUUGCCGUGGGCGCCAACAUACCCAGCUCUCACAAUUGCUUUCGUCACCACCUUUGCUCUCCGGAUCGCACGGUGGCGUCCAAACCUAAUCAACCAAGCACUUCUACUAGAAAGAGCAGAGAAGAUCUGCGAUUUCUUAAAACAACCGCCUUAUCCCGAUAUCCAUCGAACCGUGUCCAUCUUCGUGAACUACGCACGCGCUCUAAUUGCCAGCCAGCGUCCACAGAGCAACCAUAACACAGACGUACCCUUCAUGUCUAACCAAAGCGAAGGGCCACCAUUCGUAGCAGCUGAUAACUCCAUGGUCAACGGCCCGGCUCCGGCUCCAUCAGGAGUGGAUCCCCUGGACGAUCUCCGUUACCGAACUGGCCCGACCAUCCAGGCUGACAGAGAUUCAAACCUGGACUCAACGCCUAGUGAUCCCUCUGCAGCGGCCAGAUCGCUCGCAUCUCGGCUGCCGGAUACGAUGGAAGCGCCGAACUGGACGGUGUCGAACUCCAUUGCAGAUUCAUUCGGCCUCUUCGAAGAGGGCCAGAACGAUAUCUUCGAUUUUUUGCCCAUGAUGCCAUCGCCUUCUUUAACGGCUCAGAUAGCCGCCAUUCUUUCUUCCGGCAAGGAUGAGAAUUUUGAUAAAAGAUCCAGCGACUCAAUAAGAGCCGAGGUCGCCGAGUCAAAUGUCAAAACAGGUGCAAAUUACCAACUUGUUGAACUAUCUCCGGAUCAACUCCUUGUCGAGUUUCCCGAAGGAUCCCCGGAGAAUCCACCAAAUUGGUCCUUUAACAAAAAGUUCUACAACGCCAUCGUGGCGCUGUUCGUCGUCCUUAAUAGCGGUAUAUCCACCGCACUGCCCAGCAACGCAGUCCCCAGUAUCAUGCAGGAAUUCCACCAGACCGGAGACCAGCAAAAAGUGCUACCAACAGCCGUCUUCCUCGUCGGCUACGUAGUUGGACCCCUACUCUUUAGUCCAUUGAGCGAGACAAUUGGACGGAAGCCCGUCCUACUCUCCUCAUUCACGCUGUUCGUUCUCGCCACGCUUGGCUGUGCCCUAGCGCCAAACUGGGCCUCUCUGCUUGUCUUUCGGGCAAUCUGCGGUCUUACGGGUGCCGCUCCCCAGACUGUGGUUAGUGGUGUCUAUGCAGACUUAUUCUCUGAUCUGCGGAACCGCGGCCGGGCCAUGGCGAUGUACAUGUCAGCUUGCAGCUUUGGGCCCAUCCUAGGCCCCAUUAUAUCCGGGUGCUCGAUUAAAUAUGGCUGGCGCUGGACGUUCCGAAUUGACCUGAUCCUGACGGGUACUACCUGGUUGGCUCUGCUUUUCAUGUCUGAGACAUUUGCUCCCGUGCUGUUGAAAGAACGAGCUGCUAAAUUAAGAAAAGAAACGGGGCUCAAUCGGUACUUCUCGCGCCAGGAGCUGAACUUGGACUCGAGAUUCACCACCAUGGAGAUUCUCACUCGCCCUAUCACCAUGCUCAUCUUUGAGCCCAUCAUUUCUUCAACGGCAGUUUAUAUCGCCUUUGCGUAUAGUCUGGUGUUCUUCUAUUUCCAGGCUUAUCCCAUCAUCUUUGGAGGUGUCUACGGCUUCAGCGUUGAGCAAACAUCACUCACCCUCAUUCCAAUUGGCAUCGGCGCCGCAUCCUCCGGCAUCGUCACCCUCUACUACGACAUGAUGUAUGAAAAAGCCAAAAAGCUCGGUAAAGACUGGACCUCCAACCCCGAACUCCACCGACUACCACUAUCCUGUCUCGCCGGACCGUGUCUCACAGUGAGCAUGUUCUGGCUUGCCUGGUCAGCAAAGUCCAACAUCCAUUGGGCGGUACCGGCGAUAUCCGGUGUCUUCUUUGGGUUCGGGUUUCAGAUCAUCUUCAUUUCACUUCUCACAUAUGUGACGGACGCAUACAAGAUCUACUCUGCUAGCGCCAUGGCAGCCUCGGUUAUUAUUCGGAGCAUUGCUGGUGCGGUCUUUCCGCUCGCUGCCGAUCCGCUAUAUACUUCUCUGGGCGUUUCGUGGGCUACUUCGCUCCUGGCGUUUAUUGGUCUGGCUUGUGUUCCUAUUCCUUUUGCUUUGUUGCGCUGGGGGCCUUGGAUAAGGGAGAGAAGUCCUUUCUGUCAGCGGUUGAUUUUGGAGGAGAAGCUUAGGGCUGCGUCGAGCUCGUCUCAGUCGUCUGCGGCUGUAUGA